AUGAUUUCUCCUCUUACCGCUAGUAUAUAUCUGCCAAGUUUGAUUCAGAUUCAAGAGGACCUCAAAACAACUACAGAAAAUGUCAACUUGACAGUGACUGCCUACAUGGUCUUUCAGGCUAUUUCACCUACAUUUUGGGGAACCAUAGCCGAUAGUUAUGGACGCCGAGUCGUGUUGAUAUCCACUGUGUUUAUCUAUUGCUGUGCCAGUAUUGGGCUAGCUCUGACACCUAAUUAUGCAGCAUUGCUUGUGUUUCGCAUGUUACAGGCAUUUGGUUCAAGUUCUGUAAUAGCAAUUGGCGCAGGUGUGUUGGGUGAUAUUGCUGAUUCAGAAAGACGUGGAUCUUAUUUUGGUGUUUAUCAGAUUGGACAAAUGAGUGGUCCUUUACUUGGUCCAUUGUUAGGUGGCAUAAUUAGCGAAGGUUUAGGAUGGAGAUGGAUCUUUUGGAUCACACUGAUCAUUGGCGCACUUUCAAUUGUGCUUGUCAGUUUGUUUGUACCCGAGACUUUACGUGCCCUUGUAGGCAAUGGUUCUGGCUAUGCCAAUCCUACACCUUUUCAGUUCAUCGCACGUCGUCAAGGAAAACUAGACAAAGAAAAGAUUCAAGCCGAAAAGCAAGCGCGAGGUCCUCGUCCACGCAUGAACUUCUUUUCGCCGUUUCUUUACUUGCUAGAACCUGAUGUGUUCUUAUCACUUAUUUUUAGUGGGUUUAUUUACAUGUCCAUGUACUGUUUUAUGACCUCAACGACAAAGCAGUUCUCUAUGCGGUAUGGGUUAUCUGAACUUGAGAUUGGGUUUUGUUAUCUUUGUAUGGGUGCAGGUACAAUCAUUGGUGGGUUUAUCAAGGGAAAACUGUUGGACAGAGAUUUCAGAAAGACAGCAAAAGAAACAGAACACAUGUCUCAUUAUAAAGCAAGAUUAAGAAGUUGUUGGAUCAGUUUGUUCUUUUCGGAUGCUUUACCUAUUGUUUAUGGCUGGUGUCUACAAGUCAAUGCUCCUUUGGCUGUUCCUCUUGUCCUUCAAUUCUUGGUGGGACUUUCUAAUUCUUCUUUGACGAUUUGUGUCCAGUCGUUAUUGAUUGACUUAUUUCCAGGAAAGGGAGCUUCUAUAACUGCUUCAAACAACUUGGUGCGCUGUAUUUUAGGUGCUAUUGCAAGUUCAGUCAUUGAUCCAGGUAUUGAAGGUGUUGGUGUGGGAUGGAUGUUUACUAUCAUUGGUUUAUUGGUUACAUUGUUCAACAUUUGUGUCCCAGUCUUGCUAAGGCUUGGCCCUCGUUGGAGAGAACAAAGAAUAGAGAGGUUGAAAAAGACAGAUGGACAAAUCACAUUUAGAUUCUUUAGGAAAACGGAGAUCAACAAGUAA